UUGGCUAUUCCCCACCUCCAGGCUCUGGACCUGCUAUUGGACAAGAUGAAGAGGGCGGGGCUUGACUUCUCCCGUGUCAGAGCGCUGUCAGGCAGUGGUCAGCAACAUGGCAGCGUGUUCUGGAGGAGAGGAGCGUCUGAGACUCUGAAACAUCUGGACCCGGACCAGGACCUGCACCAGCUGCUGCAGGACAGCUUCUCGGUGUCGGACAGUCCGGUGUGGAUGGACUCGAGCAGCACUCAGCAGUGUGAGGACCUGCAGGCGGCAGCAGGAGGCGCUCUGAGGCUGGCGGAGUUCACCGGAUCCAGAGCCUACGAGCGUUUCACAGGAAAUCAGAUCGCCAAGCUGCGUCAGACCCGAGCGGAGGAGUUCCAGGACACCGAGAGGAUCUCAUUGGUCAGCAGCUUUGCCGCCUCUCUCUUCCUCGGUGGUUACGCUGCCAUCGACUACAGCGACGGCUCAGGGAUGAAUCUGCUGGACAUCAGGACCAGAAACUGGUCUGAGAUCUGCCUGCAGGCCACCGCUCCUCACCUGGACCAGCUGCUGGGAGCUCCACUGCCCUCCACAUCUGUGCUGGUAAGCAGGGGAGCCUCCAGAAUGUUUUCAUGGGGUGGCCACACGGGGGCCACUAAAAAGACUCACGGUGCAGUUGUGGCCUCAGCUCUGAAGUCUAACCCCUCCCAUCUGACAGAGUUGGACAUGAGUUUCAACAAGCUGCAUGAUUCAACAGUGAAGGUUCUGUGUGCUGGAUUGGAGAGUCCAAACUGUCGACUGGAGAGUCUGAGAUUGAUCGACUGUGAUUUGUCAGACAUCAGCUGUGAUUAUCUGGCAGCAGCACUGAAGUCCAACCCUUUGUAUCCGAAACUAUUGGACCUGAGUGGAAACUACUGUAACCUGCAGGAUUCAGGAGUGAAGCAGCUGUGUGUUCUUCUGGAGAAUCCACGAUGUCGAUUUGAAACUCUGAGAUUGAAGGAAUGUGGUUUAUCAGAGAUCAGCUGUGAUUAUCUGGCAGCAGCGUUGAAGUCCAGCCCCUCUCAUCUGAGAGAGCUGGACCUGACGUCCAAUGACCUGAAGGAUUCAGGAGUGAAGCAUCUGUGUGGUUUUCUGGAGAGUCCAGGAUGUGGGCUUGAAACUCUGAGCUCCCUCAGAGUAAUGACACGGGGUCAGGAGGAGGAGAUGGGAGAGGGGGAGGUGCUGGGUCCGGAGCAGAGCUGUGAGGCCACUUUAGUUUGUACAAGGGUGGUAGCAGUCAGCAUGAAUGAGGACGGCGGAGCUUCCUGUGAGGACGGCGCUCUCUCUGAGGCUUGA